GCUCCACUUCCAUAGGAACGCAAUCUUAUCAAUAAUUGAUAACUUAUGCCCGACGCAGACUUCAUCGCGAGUUUCACUUUGCUCUAAGCGGAUGUUGAUUUAAAGCGAUUUUGUAUUAUGCUAUAUUAAGCUGUAUUUUCAGUAUUAAAAAGACAAGUUAAUAUUGAAAAGGCUAACAAAGUUUAGAAAUUUCUUAUGAUAAAUCUCUUCAUACAACUCAGAGCAUUAUUGAUAGAAGUAUAAAAAUAUUGAAAAUGGCUGAUUGUGAGAUUCCAGUUGAGCAUCUUGAAAAUGAACCUGAUCAGGUUCGUUACAGACAAGGAUCUAGACAAUUUUCAGAAAUUAUUAAUAACAAUGCACAGAUCUUCCAACAUAUAAGACCGGAUAACAUGCAAUGGAAGCUACAAAGAAUGAAAACUAUCAAAACUCUCAAUGAAUUGCGAGAAAAACUGGAUGUAGUCUGCGUUGGAGCCAGUUAUGGCAAAGGGUUUGGAAAUGGAGCACAGAUAUCCGGUGCUGUUACGGCGAUAGUAGGUGCUAUUAUGGCCCUUGGAAAAUCAUCAUCAGCUGCAACUGUUAUGAAUUUUGGUAGCUUAAUAAACAAUUCAGGAACUUUGGUGGGAGGAAUGUCGAACAUUAUCGAAUCCUACAUAUCUGCGGAAUACCUACGUGAAGUAAAAGCCGUUUUAGAAAAGGACAAGGAGCUUUCUGAGCCAUUGCAAGAAUGGUUGGCCUUUUCUCGAACUUUAGAUGCAAAUAUGCAAAUUAUUUUCGGUUAUGAUCUCAACUCCAUUAUCCAGAAUAAUGUCUUGAAAGUGUUUUCUGAAUUUACUGUGCUCUACAAUUCUAUUAAAGGGUUCAAUGCAACCAUAGAAGUUAUGAACAAAGGACAAUACGCAAUGCACAUCGGAACUGACGUUACAGUUGAUAAAUUGCUGAAAUUUAGCAAAGAAUUGGAUGUAUCUCCUCAACUGGGAGAUACUGUGGUCAAAUUAAGCGAAUCUUUUAAACUUUUGCAAGUCGCUAAAGAUGGUGUUAAAGUCUACCAAAAUUUGUUUGGCGAGAGCGCUACGUCAGUCGAAAGUCCUAGGGCAAAUCAAAUGCCUGUUGCUUCACGUAAUCCUGAUGCAAUGAUAGCCAGCCAUGAUGAAGAUUCUGUAGAAUUGGUGUCCAAUCAUGAAGCCCCAUUCCAAGCACAAAGUCCAUCAGUAAAAGCCAUUUCAGCUUUUUGCGCUUUUCAAGCUGUUGACAUAGCAACUUGUGUUGUUUCUUUAAUAUCGGCUGUAACGGUUAUUAGAGAUGGUAAAUCCAAAUUUUCUGAUGCUAUAAAACAGAUUUCUGAUCUUCUUGACGCUGAAUUAAGAAGCCUGGAAGAACUUAAUUCAUACAAUUAAGUUAAAAUGUGAUUUCUUUUCAAUGAUACUAAUAUUUUAACCAACAAAUCAAAUUUAUAUUUUCAUUGAAUUUUUUAAAAAAUAAAUUAAUCAUAUUUUUCAACAAUUUAUUUUUCACAAAAAAAAUUAAAUUAAAGUUGCACGAGUAUGUUAUACGUUAAUGGGAAAAAAUUAACUUUUAUCAAUGCGUUGCCGUUAUAUUGACAAAAGCUCAAAUUAAAAGAAUAAAUUAACUAUUAUUCCAAAUUAAAAAAAAGUGAUUUUCAGAACUUUUCUGUAUGAAAUGAAAUUAAUAUUAAACAUGAUAUUUUUUGAAAAGUAAAUGCAAGGAAACAAACGUUUUCUAUUAUCUUUUACAAUACCUAUAUCACUCAAUCAAUUAAACAGUUUUAUUGAAGACAAAUAUUGUUUAAUAUGUACAAGAUAUAUAUUUUAAUCGGAGCAGAACAGAUAAUUUGUAAACCUUUAGUAAUAGACUAUAUAUGCUAACUAGUAUGCUAACAAAUUGUCUAAACGAAAUAAGUUUAUAUAUACUGAGUCAAUAAAUGCUGAUGAAUUACGACUUUUAAAUUUUUACAUAUAUCUUCUGCCCUGUAAAUCAUAUUUAACAAAAUAUUCUUAAGAAGCUGAUAUUUCAAUUAAAAAGACUUGCACUCCAAUCAACUUAAUAAAUCACUAAAUAUAUAAAAUAUAAAGCUGACCGAUUUAUGAAAAAUUUAAUCUCACUAUUCUAUAAAAACGGGUGGUUUUAGAUCACUUCAUCGACCGCCUCAAAAAAGCCAAUCAUCUCCCAGAGUUUCUCAAGAGUGAUUGGCUUAAAUUGUGAAAAUGCUGUUUGUUCUAAUAUGGUAACAUUCAAAACUUAAUAAAUCGGUUAGAUUUGAAGCAGAAGAUAGAAACGUUUAUUUAUUGAUUUAAAAGUUGAAGUGUCAAGAAUAUUUUGCAGAAAAUGAAUCCUUAGGACCAAAGGACUGUCUAAAAUUUAAACAAUGAUUUUUUGAAAUAUAUUUAUAAACUGAAAAAAUAUUAUUAUUGGCAGCGUUUAUAUAAUUUAAAAAUAAAUCUAAUAACUAAAUUUUUCAUCGAAUCCGUGAAAUAUUUGUUUAAUUAAUUCUUUGAGAUAUUAUACAUUUUGAAAAUUAUUCUGUAGUGCACAUAAGACUUCAAUGCCAAACUUCUUUGCUUUCAGUUCUCAUAUUCUUUUUAAAGACAUGUUUGGAUUCACUAAAAACGUAUUUAUAUU